AUGUCUCCAGCAAAGAAGAAGCCCGACAAAAAACAGCCAUCCUCCGAUCCUCCCGAUAGCGAUGACUCUAGUCUACCCGUCUUCUUCCACAUGCCGCAAGAGAAGUGGCCAUGGCACCAAUUCUGUCAAUGGUAUCCCUCCGUCUUCACCGUCUCGAAACAAGAGAUUUCCGCCCUUUGCGGCCGCGAAGUUGACCCCGCCGACCCGUACGGAAGCAUCACCGUCACCUGCGCGGAACAGUUCAUGAUGUACUGCAAGGCAGCCUACUUCGGCGACACGCAGCGACAGGCGCGUAUCAUGCAGGAGAAGGACCCCAAGGAGCAGAAGAAGCUCGGCAAAGGCACCGUGGGCUUCAACGACGCGAGGUGGGAUGAGGUCAAGAGCAAGGUCGUGGAAGUGGGCAGCAUUGCCAAGUUUGGGCAGAAUCCGCACCUCAAGGCGAUUUUGAUGUCCACAAGGGAGAGGUUGUUGGUCGAGGCAUCGAGGACUGACCGCAUAUGGGGCAUCGGGUUCAAGGCGGAUGAGGCUAUGGUGAACCAGGCGAAUUGGGGCGAGAAUCGUUUGGGCAAAGCGCUAAUGGAGGCGAGGAGGAUCCUGAGAGAAGAAGAAGCUCAAGAGAGAAUGGGAACGAAAUCAAAUAGCGAGGAAGAUGUGGAGGAAGAAGAAAAGACUGGGGGUAUUGCUCACGCCCAAUACCUGCCCUGA